UUACAAAACAAAAUAUCAUAUACACACUGUAUUUACUAUUAUCGGUAAACCAGCAGGCUUAUAUAUCAUUCGAAGAUAAUAUGAAUAGUUCAGUAUGUCAUAACAAUGCAUUCUCGUGUGCACGUGCAGAGCGUGUUCUUAUAUUAUUAUACAUAUAUAAGUUUUCUUACUUAUUAAAAAUUGUCACAUCGUACAAGGCGCUCAAUCUUGACUGAAUCUCAUUAUAAAAAAUAAAUUUUAAGAACAAAAAAGUAUAGCACAAGAAUAACGUUCAAAAUGAAUGAUUCCGACAAUGACAGCUCCGACAGCAGUAACGAUUUCAUCGGUAUCACACCAAAGGAUGAGCUGACAGCCAGUUUCUUCUCGAUAAAACCAUCAUCAACAAAGCCUAACCUAGUGAAUUCGAAAGACGAUAGCGAGGAUGAAAGCAGCGAUGAUGACAAUUUCAUGGAUGUGCUCGAAAACAAUGGCAUUGAAUUGUUUUCUGAAGUGGUCAAGAAUUUAGAAGCCUCACAAAGAACUUUCAUUAACAAUGAAGAAUCAAAACAGCACUCCUCCAAACAAGAUGAUACACAGGUUGUUAAAGAAGUCACAACUGAAAAGAAGAACAAUAAUAUAUCGGAUGAGAUAAACGCAGUUUUGCUCCAAGGAGAAAGCGGAGCACAUGCAUUUUAUGAGGAUGACGAAGCUAUGGACGAUGAGAAGCAAGAAGAAGAAAUUAAACAUCCUGAAAAUUAUACUAUACCUAAAGAAGGUAUUAAAAUAACUUUACCAGGCACGAGUAUGAUUUUCAAAAAGAAAACUGGAAACAAAAAAGAAUCAGAUUUGACUGCACUUUUACGAAGAAAAUUAAAAGCCAAUCAGAUAAUUAUAGAAAAAGCGGCUAGACUUUGUUGGUUGGCAUAUGGAUUUCAUUUGAAUCAUCAAGCAAAUGAUCCUGAGAUCAUGGCAACAGUGGUAUCGCUUAUUUCAACAAAAAAUUAUCCAAAAGACAGUUUUGAUUUGGAAUAUCUGACAAAAUUCACAAAAUGGUUUAAGAAUAUAUUUACGAUAGAAUCUAGUGACAACGAAGUUAUUAUAGAUAAAAUAACUUUAUUAAAAAGGAUUGCAGAGAAGAAGAUUUAUAAUUACAGGGAACUGGUAAUACUAUAUGUUGCAAUAUUAAGAGGUAUAGGUUUACAUUGUCGUUUAGUAGUAUCUCUCAAUCCACCACUUGUAAAAACAUACAAUGAAUUAUUGCCUAAAACAAAUACAGUGAAGAAGAAUGAUAAAAUUAAGGAGGAAACAAAAGAAACAGAAAAAAUAGAAAAAACAAAGGCAUCCUCUAAGAAAAAUAAAAAAAAUGUGACUUCAAAAAAGGAUAUAAAAAAUAACAAUAUAAUUCAAAAUAGUGAAAGUGCACGAAAAGAUGCUAAUGCAGAAGCAAAGAAAAGGGCAGCAGAAAUUCUUCGUUCAAAGUAUUCGUACAAUAAGAAAAGUAAGGAUAAAUUAAAUAAUAACAAUAUGCUCACACAAGAUAAAGCUUCUACAUCUAAAAAUGUUGAAGCAAUUCCCACAAGUUCAAAAACAGACACCGUCCCAAAUCUCAGACGUUUAAGAUCUCACACAUGUAAUGUUGCAUCUACAUCAUCCAAACAGCAGAACACUAAGAUCAAUACAGAAAAUAAUCAAUCUAAGACGAAAAAUUCUAUACAGUCAUGGAGUACUAGCUCAAGUUCUGAAGAAGAAGAAGAAGAAAAAGAAAAGUUACUCAGUAAAUCAAAAAGAAAAUGCAGUGAAAAAAAGAAAACCGCUGUUAAAUCUAACAUUAAGAAAAAUAAUGAAAAGAAGGAACAAACAUCGACAGAUGAUGAGGAAACCAAUAACAAGUUAAAAAAGAGACAAGAUGUAUGGGCUGAAGUAUAUGUAGAAUCCAAGGCAAGUUGGAUAUGCGUAAAUAUAAUGGAGACAAAUGUUGAUUGCGUGACUGAAAUAUAUAAAAAAGCAAGUAAGCCAGUAUUAUAUGUGAUAGCUUAUAAUUCAGAAAGAUUAAUAAAGGAUGUCACGAGACGUUACUGUCCACGAUGGCUUUCUGUUACACGUAAGCAACGUAUUGAUGAAAAAUGGUGGACUGAGACGUUGAGUUAUUGGCAAGAAAAGGAGACAGCCAUGUCUAAACAAGAAGAUGAAUUAUUGUUGCAAAAGGAAUUGGAACAACCAUUGCCCAAAACUGUUGGCGAGUGCAAAGGACAUCCAUUAUAUGUUCUCGUUAGACAUUUACUCAAAUAUGAAGCCUUAUAUCCACCGGACUGUGUACCGCUGGGACAUCUGAAAACAGGCGAAGCUAUUUAUUCGCGCUAUUGCGUACACACACUAUGCUCACGAGAGACCUGGCUAAAGAAAGCUAGAGUAGUUAAACCAAAGCAAGAACCUUACAAAAUAGUUAAAGCACUUCCAAAGUAUGACAAGCUUUCAGGUAUGAAACUUAAGGAUUCUGCAUUAGAAUUAUUCGGAGAAUGGCAAACUACAGAAUACGAGCCUCCAGAGGCUAAAGACGGCAUUGUACCUCGUAAUGAAUAUGGAAACGUUGAUUUAUUUAAAAAAUGUAUGCUUCCAAAAGGCACAGUGCAUAUAAAUCUUCCAGGAUUAAAUCGUAUUGCACGAAAACUGAAUAUAGAUUGCGCAACUGCUGUAGUGGGUUUUAAUUUCGGUUGUAUGGGCGCUGUGCCAGCCAUGGAAGGCUAUGUUGUGUGCGCUGAAUACGAAGACACAUUGCGAGAAGCUUGGGAAGCAGAACAAAUCGAGGCAGCUAGACGGGCUGCCGAAAAAAAGAAGAAAAUAGUUUACGACAAUUGGAAAAAACUUAUUAGAGGUUUACUGAUUAGGGAAAAAUUAUCACAAAAAUACGAGUUUAAAGGGCAAUCAAAGACAAAUGAAACGAACAAACGUACGAAACAACAAAAAGGCACUGUAAAAAAAUCCAAAUCAUAAUAAAAUGUGUACACAAGU